GAAAUUUCGAAUCAGUCUCGAAGCGAACGCAGCCGAGCGAUUAGGAGUGCCAGCCGAUAGACGUCUCGGCUCUCUGGAGGCCCAUUCUCUAGCCAUCGCCAACUCUAGAUAGAUAUAAGGUGUAUCCCUGCAGGCAUCCUAAAAUUAAGAGUCUGUUAAACAGAUAUAUGACCCAAGACACAUCUCCAGACGAGGCUUUUGUUGUUAUGGCUGGUGUAAGUGCUCGUUUUAUUUUGCUUCUAGAGCCUAAGAGUUGUUGUUGAAACAUGACAAAUAUCUUUACAUAUUGUUAUAAUUAUGGUGUGAUCUUCAUGGAUCAUUUCUUGUUUCUGGACAAAAGCUAAGAUAAAGAAAGUAGCAUCAAUCAAAUAAUCCAUCCCUCUGGCUCUGGUGUUGUAGAGUAUACUUCAGAGUUCAGUGAUGGUUAUAAGGAUCACAUUCUCAGUUUUGGGACCGGACACCCAAGAGGAAAGGUUCAGAGGAUCUGGAAAAUUCUUACUGAGAUUGCCAUAUCAGUUAUGGAUGUUAAAAUGCAUGGGUUGUGUGUUGAUGCUGCAAUCACUGGCAUAAUGCUCCUCCAUUAGCAAAACUCCAGGUGAUUCCUUAUAUAAUUACCCUGCCACUUGCAAAUGGAUUCUGUAGAAGUUCUUCAAAUGGUCUUAAGAGUCAGUACAUCCAAAGUUUAUCUGUUGGUUUAUUCUUUGUUGGCUGACCUGAGCAGACCUGACUUCAAGAUCCGACACCAGAUUUUAAUACACAGAUGACAAUGGUAUAUCCUGCAGGCAUCCUAAACUUAGAGUCUGUUGAACAAAGAGAGGCAUCUUAAAAUGUAAUUGUCUUUACAUUUCGUCAUUAUUUUAGUAUUAUCUUCAUGAAAUCUUCAUGAAUCAUUUCUUAUGUCUGAGAUCAGCUGCUAAGAUAAACAAAGUCUAAAGAACAUAGUCUAAGCAUUUAAAAGAAUUGUUUCUAUGGUUUAUUUUUAGUUAUGCUGCUUGUUCUUUUUCCAUUAAAUAAUAGAAACUUUGUGAAGUUAUUCUGGUAUUUGAAUUCAGCUGCUUUCAUAGUCAAGUCAAACUUACUGCUGUGCAGUCAAUAUAGGAGAUGUUGUUGUGAUCUGAGCUUUUCAUUGUGUUUUGCAAUAAUAUAAUUUGCAGCUUAUUGCAUAAUAAAUCACAGCACGAAUUGAUACUUUUGUAGGUGUGCCUAUUAUCUUUGUCUUUAUUUUGUUAUCUUCUUGACUACGAUGUUAAGCUUAUUAUUGCAUAACUACAGAUUGUUGGAAGUUGAAAGGUAAUUCAUUUAUCAAAGAAUCUAAAUUGUUUCAUUAAGAAAACUGAGACGAUGGUAGGAGAUGUUAAGAUUAUGUAGGUCUGAUCUUGUUUCUCUUUGUACGUCAGUAACAUCAUAAUCACUUUGUUUAAAAACUUCAAUUUACUGUAAGUUCUAUUUGUGGUGUUUCUCUCUUUUUUCAACUCGCUACAUUUCCUGUUAUAGUUUCUUGUUUUUUCUUUCAGAUUUUGUUAUGUGUACUCACCAUUGCUUUUGUAAUUAUGGGCUUGUAUUAACUAAUAGAGAGUCCUCAGUAUUAUAAGAUAUGGUUAAAGUGUAACAGAGAUAGGGAAAGUAGUUUAGGCAAGUCUUAUGUAUAUCUGUUGUAUUCCUGCAUCCAAGGUCCUAUUUUGCGUUGUUUUGUAUUGUUAUGGCUGCUGUUGCAUUUUGAAUUUUAUAUGCCAUUAGCAUAUCAGAUUAGUGAUUCUCCUU